GAGAGCGCUCCGGUCACCGCGGACACAGCGCUGCGACCGGACCGGACCGGACACUCCGGCAGAGCGCGCCCGACCCGCGGGGCUGCAUCGGACUGAACCCCCGCUGUCCCCCCGCUGUCCCCUUGCUCCCUUCGCGGUGCCCUCGCUCCUCUCCUCUGUCCCCCCGCUGCCCGCUCUGUCCCCGCUCUGUCCCCGCUGUCCCCUCGCUCCAUCCCUCUCCAUCCCGCUGUCCCUCGCUCCUCUCCUCUGUCCCCCCGCUGUCCCCCCGCUGUCCCGGCCAUGCCGUCCCCGCUGCCGCCCACCCGGGUGCCGCUGGCGGAGCGUGUCCCGGUGCUGCUGUCGUGCGCGCUGUCCUGCGCGGGCUCCGCGCUCCUGCUCUGCUCCCAGGCGCUCUGGCCCGAGCUGCGGACGCGCCCGCGGCAGCUGCUGCUGCACCUGAGCCUGGCCGACCUGCUCUCCGCCCUCUCCUACUUCUACGGCGUGCUCAGGGACUUCCAGGGCACCUCGUGGGACUGCGUCCUGCAGGGAGCCCUGUCCACCUUCGCCAACACCAGCUCCUUCUUCUGGACCAUGGCCAUCGCGCUCUACCUGUACCUGAGCAUCGUCAGGGCCUCCCCCGCGGGCCAGGGCUUGCUCUGGGGCUUCCACGCCGUCAGCUGGGGCGUCCCCCUGGCCAUCACCGUGGCUGCUGUGGCCCUCAGGAAGAUUGGCUACGACGCCUCCAACGUCUCCGUGGGCUGGUGCUGGGUCAACCUGGACGCCGAGGACCGGCUGCUGUGGAUGCUGCUGGCAGGAAAGCUCUGGGAGAUCCUGGCCUAUGUCACCCUGCCCGUGCUCUACCUCCUCAUCAGGAAGCACAUCAACAGAGCUCACGCCGCCCUCUCCGAGUACCGCCCCAUCCUGCCCGCAGCCCCGGCCCUGCGGCCCCGCGCCAGCCUGGCGGACAAGAAGCUCAUCCUCAUCCCGCUCAUCUUCAUCUUCCUCCGCAUCUGGAGCACGGUGCGCUUCGUGCUGACCCUGUGCGACUCCCCAGCCGUGCAGAACCCCGUCCUGGUCGUGCUGCAUGGCAUCGGGAACACGUUCCAAGGAGGAGCCAACUGCAUCCUGUUCGUGCUGUGCACCCGGGCGGUGCGGGCGCGCCUGCUGGCCCUGCUGUGCUGCAGCCCCGCUGCACGGCUGCCCUGGCCUGGGCAGGGCCCCCCCGGGCCCUGGCAGCGCCCCCAGACCCGCGGGGACGGCGACAGCGACGGGGACAAGGACAAGGACCUGGAUGUGCCAAAGCCGCUGCUGCCCAGCACCUGAGCCGGCCCUGCCGCUGCUGAUUCCUGCUGCCACGGGUGCUGUGACAGCCCCCCAGAGGGAGCUGCAGCCCGGGGAAAGCCGCGCUGGAGGUGCUGAGCCCUGCCCGGCUCCCGGAGCUGCUCGGCUGUGUCAGGAUGCUCUGGAGCACGCUGCCCUCCCGCUUGUCUGCCCUCCUUCCCAGCGGGAAGCUGAACCCUCGGUUGGGGUGUUGUUUUCUGCCUGCCCAGGCUGGUGUGUGGUGAGUUCUGAGGUGAACAGAGCCCGGCCAGGAGGCUCCAGGAGCUGCCGAAGGACUGACCUGGGCAGGGCCCUCAGUGAUGGUGAGAGGCCCAGGAGCCCCAGCCUGGCUCUGCUCUGCUCUUGCACUGGGACAGGACAGGGACUAUUCUGUGGUGCUGCUGGAUGGCGCCUCUGGAUGCUGAACCUGCUCCCUGGUGUUUGUUUGGGGGUGCUGAUCCACCACUGGGGCUUUGGGGAUGUUGAUCCACCAUUGGGGUUUUGGGGAUGCUGAUCCAACAUUGGGGUUUUGGGGGUGCUGAUCUCUCCUCCCUGGUGUUUGGGGCUGUCACCAUUGGGGUUUUGGGGAUGCUGAUCCACCAUUGGGGUUUUGGGGAUGCUGAUCCACCGUUGGGGUUUUGGGGAUGCUGAUCCCUCUCCCUGGUGUUUGUUUGGGGGCUGUCACCAUUGGGGUUUGGGGGCUCUCCUGAGGGAAUCAGAGCCCUGUGGCUCCCCAGGGAUUGGGGAUGUGCUCAGGCUCCAGCAGGGACAGCCCUGCCCACAGCAGGGCAGUGCCUGGCUCACAGCUCAGCUCCUGGGCUUGGUCUGUGCCUUGGAUCACACUGGGCAGGGGCUGGGGCUGUGUGUGCCAUUUGGAGAUGAUGUUUUACCUCAUUCACAGCUCUUUGCUUGUGUUUUUAAAGUAUUUUCUCCGAGUUUUACAAAAUAAAGGUCAGUUUCUUUACCA